AUGCCGGUCGUCAAAGGAGGUGUCUGGACUAAUAUCGAGGAUGAAGUGCUUCGGGCAGCGGUGUCCAAGUACGGCCUCAACCAGUGGGCGCGUGUCUCGUCGCUCCUGAACCGAAAAACCCCCAAACAGUGCAAAGCGCGAUGGAUCGAAUGGCUGGACCCCGGUAUCCGCAAGGUCGAAUGGUCGAGGGAGGAGGACGAGAAGCUGUUGCAUCUGGCCAAGUUGAUGCCCACCCAGUGGCGCACGAUCGCGCCUAUCGUUGGACGCACGGCUACGCAGUGUCUUGAGCGUUAUCAGAAGUUGCUGGAUGAGGCGGAGGCGCGCGAGAACGAUGAGUUGGGUCUGGGUGGUCCGUCUGGUGCGGAGGCGGCGGCUCCCAGUGCGGAUGAUGUUCGGAGACUACGACCCGGUGAAUUAGAUCCCGAUCCGGAGUCCAAACCCGCGCGUCCCGAUACGAUCGAUCUCGAUGAAGAUGAGAAAGAGAUGCUUAGUGAAGCUCGAGCGCGUCUGGCCAACACGCAGGGAAAGAAGGCGAAGCGCAAGGCUCGUGAGCGGCAGCUGGAGGAAUCUCGACGACUGGCCGUGCUACAGAAGCGUCGCGAGCUCAAAAAUGCCGGCAUCAACAUCAAAGUCACGACCCGCAAGAAGGGCGAAAUGGACUACAAUGCGGACAUUCCGUUUGAGAAGCCGGCGGCGCCUGGGUUUUACGACACGAUGGAUGAGGAAGGUCGAAAUGAAAAGCAGCGAGAAAUGUUCGAUCCCCGGAAACAGCAGCUGGCGAUUAAGCGGAAGGGAGACCAGGGUGAAGAUCCGGAGCGCAAAAAGCGUAAGAACGACAAGGGCGGCAGCUCGUCUGCUGCUGCUGCCCGGGCCGGUCAGAUGCAGAAGAUCCGUGAGGCCGAACAGAGCAGCAAGAGAAGGGCUUUGGUCCUCCCGACUCCCCAGGUCAGCGAGGGAGAGAUGGAGGAUAUCAUCAAGAUGGGGAUGGCGGGAGACCGUGCCAGCAAGAUGUCGGCGGACGAGGAGACCACGCGGGGACUGAUUGGUAACUACACACCUAUGGUCGGCCAGACUCCGAUCCGGACCCCUCGUGCGCCGCCGCAGGAGGAUCACAUCGCCAAUGAAAUCAAAAAUAUCCGAGCCUUGACGGAAACGCAGUCGUCCUUGCUGGGUGGGGAAAACACGCCUUUGCACGAGGGCGGGUCCUCGACCGGGUUCGACGGAAUCGCCCCUCGCCGUCAGCAGAUCGUCACACCCAACCCCAUGGCAACACCCUUCCGACAGGCCAACGGGGUCGGCGCCACCCCCGUGGCGGGUGGAGUUGGGCCUGGGGCUACUCCCCUGCGGACCCCCCGUGAUCAUUUCGCCCUGAACGAGAUGGAGGCCGGGCAACUCGUCGCGGCCACCCCGAAAGAUAUGAAAAUUAAUCGCCAGAGCAUCCGGAGCCGGUUGUCCGCGCUGCCCAAACCCAAGGAAACAGAAUGGGAGCUGGAAGAACUCCCGUCGGAAUCCGCCGAGCCAGCCCCGGGAACCGAGCUGACAGAGGAAGACGCCGCCGAACGGGACCAGAGAGAGCGUGAGGCGCGAGAGGCGGCCGCUCGGGCCGAGCUCUUGCGUCAGUCUCAAGUAUAUCAGCGAUCGCUACCCCGACCCAGCAUACUCGACACCGACGCCCUGAUGGAGCGUGCUGCGCGUGUGUCCGAUCCCGUUGGCGGUUUGAUCGCCAAGGAGGCCGCCCUUCUCAUCGCUAACGAUGCGCGCAAGUUCCCGCUCCCCGGCUCCAAGGUGGAGGGCAAGCCGCGGAAAUUGGCCCAGCUCGACGAUGGCUUACUCGACGCGGCCCGCGCCGCGAUUGCUGCCGAGGCCACUUCGUCUGUGCAGCAGCAAGAAUGGCAGAACGGCUUCGAUGACCAGUGGUCGUCGACCCACACCGGCAGCCUUCCCGGUCUCUCCAACUAUGCCGACGAGGAAGAGGACGAUUACCAGCAAGAGCAACGAAUGGUAGACGCCUUUGAUAACGUACAGAACUCGUUAAUAGCGACCGCUGAGCGGGGGAACAAGCUCGAGAAGAAGCUGGCUCUCCAUUACGGUGGAUACCAGAACCGGGCGAAAGUGCUUCGGAACAAGAUCGUCGAGGCCCAUACCGCCCUGGAGCAGUCGAGGUGCGACCUGGAUGCGUUCCGCACGUUGCAGAUCUCAGAGGAGUCUGCUGUCUCCCGGCGUCUGGAGAAGCUGCGGGAUGAUGUUGCAUUUGUGAUGCGGAGAGAGCGCGAGGCGCAAGAGGGUUAUCGGACGCGCAAGGAUGAGUUGGACGAUCUGGUUGCUGGGACGGGGGGGAUGGUUUUUAGAUCCCUUUUUUCGAGCGAUGGCGAGUUGAGAAAGGCGGAGAUCUUGUCGAUUCGACAGCGGAAAGAUGGUCCUAGUUUUUACGUCCACUAUGUCGACUUCAAUAAGCGUCUUGAUGGUGAGUUCUGUUGCUCGAAAUGGGUUGACUCUGGGAGGCUUGAUCUAUCACAAGAGGUAGAGUGGCCUCAGCCCGAGAAGCCAGAGAAGAAGAAAACAGGGCCCGGCAAGGCCCCCAGCAAGAACACACAGAAGCGCCCUCGAGCCGGGAGCCGUGAAGUGUCUGCCACUCCUGAUCGUUUGACCGGAAAGAAUGUCAAUAUCGGGAAAGUCCAGCGUCCGUCCAAGGCGGGCGGGAAAGAGAACCGCGGCGAUGAGACCCCGCGCCUCUCCAUCGGUGGCUCAGAAGCCGUCUCCUCAGACGGGACUCCCAAGCCGGAGUCCGACGACGUCGACAUGAUCGACGUCGGCUUCUCCGAGACCAAAGCCGAGAAAGAACAGAGCAAGAUGUCCCGAGAGCAGGAACUCGAGCGGCUCCGAACAAGCGGCAGCAUGACACAGAACCCGACGGAAAUCCACCGCGUCCGCAACCUCAACCGUCUCCAAAUGGGCAAGUUCGACAUCGAGCCCUGGUACUUCUCGCCCUACCCGGCCUCCUACUCCGACGUCGACAUGGUCUACAUCGACGAGUUCUGCCUCAGCUACUUCGACAGCCGCCGCGCCUUCGAGCGCCACCGCGCAAAAUGCACGCUCGUCCACCCGCCCGGAAACGAGAUCUACCGCGACGACAACAUCUCCUUCUUCGAGGUCGACGGCCGUCGCCAGCGCACCUGGUGUCGCAACCUCUGUCUUCUCAGCAAACUCUUCCUAGACCACAAGACCCUCUACUACGACGUCGACCCCUUCCUCUUCUACUGCAUGUGCACCCGUGACGAAACAGGCUGCCAUCUCGUCGGAUACUUCUCCAAGGAGAAGGACUCCGCGGAGGGCUACAACCUCGCCUGUAUCCUCACGCUCCCGCAGUACCAGCGCCGAGGAUUCGGCCGCCUGCUCAUCUCCUUCAGCUACGAGCUCAGCAAGCGAGAGGGGCGACUCGGCUCGCCUGAGAAACCGCUCAGUGAUUUGGGCCUGCUGGGUUACCGACAGUAUUGGCGGGAGACGCUGGUGGAACUGCUUAUUGAACCCCACCGGGAAGCUUUCAGCGAGAAUGAACUCGCUACGAUGACUUCCAUGACGGAGAAGGAUGUCCACGAGACACUUGUUGUUUUUAACAUGUUGAGAUAUCACAAAGGAAACUGGGUCAUAGUGCUCACAGACCAAGUCGUCGAAGAGCACAAGAAACGCCUCGAGAAAGAAAAAAUCAAAGGCAAGCGCAGCAUCGACCCUGCACGACUGCAGUGGAAACCACCUGUUUUCGCUGCGUCGGCCAGAACAUGGAAUUGGUAG